CUCGAGCACGGUUCAUGAAACAAUACAAUAGAAGCCUAGUCCCUAAAAAUUCAGAAGAAACUGUUUUGUUUUCAAUUUCUUCUAUAUUCAAUCCUACUUGUCCUCGAAGCUGUCAGUAAAUCAAUUUUUGGUUUUGGGUUUUUGCUUCUUGAUUAAUCGGCCCACAGCUAUGGAUGCACCACAUUGUGUUAUCAAUGUUUAUAAUUUAGAUACGUAUAAGGGUGUCUUAAAGUUUUUAAAUGAAGAAAUUCCUUCCAACUUUUCUUCCUUAUGAAGAUGAGACAGCAGCUCUUAGAAUGUACAAGUUCUUAGUUAAGUAUGCCAAUGAUGAUGACUUACUCAGGUGUCAUCAAAUCAUAUAUCAUGAAAAGAAAUGGCUGCUUGCGUUUGAAGAUUGUUUAAAUGUAAUGGAAUUUUUUGACAAACAGAAGAGUAAUUGGGAACGUAGGCGUUCACAGAGGAGUAGGGCUAGCUGGUUUAGUUAUAUUAGGAGAGAUUUUGUAGAGAUAUUUCAAGAUGCUGCCUGUAUUUGGGUUAGAAAAGCAGGUAGAAGUAGCUGUCAAAGCAUUUAUACGGAAAACCCAAUUAAAUGUUUGUUUAUUACGAGGAAGUGUUCUGAAUGUCGGGUAAAAGUUUUACCCAAUUUAGAUGGACCGAAGAGCAAGAUGAAUGAUGAUAUUGAAGAGCUUAAAAAAUUGAUGGACGUCAUCAUAAAUUACCCGUUCGGAUCAGAUAAGCCAGAUUAUGAUCGUUUCAAUUUGUCUCCUGAACUGAGAUGUUUUCUUCAUUAUCUCAAUUCUGAAUUUUUGGAAAACGUGAGCCCUAGGUGCUUACUUGAUUCGCCUUUUAUUUGGGGGGACGCUGAUAAGUAUCGGUUUCUUAUCAGUCUGGAUUAUCUCCUAAAGAGCGAAGUAUUUAAGCUUGAAUCUUGUAAUGAUGCUUUAACUACGUUUGCAAGUACUAAUUUGAUUCACUGGGUACGUGCUUUGUAUAACAAACGGGUGCUGUAUAAAGUAUAUUACCAUAGUCAAAUGAGUUACAAUGUCUCGAGGACUGCUGCUGUUGUACGAUUCUGCUCAAAUGUUUUCUGGCAUUACAAUAAUUAUGCAAUUGAAUGCGGGGAAAGAAAAAUUGGCAAGAUUAGGAUCGUGAGAAAGUUGAGCGAGGCCCUGCCAAAUUUAUUUAUCGAUCUAUUUGACUGUUGUAUCAAGUAUGCAUGCAACUUGGAAGAUUUGCAUCAACCCGAAAUGCGUGAAGCACUGAAACGAGUUUUUCGCAAACCUUUGACUUCUGAAUACCGAUACUGACACAUAGACAAAGCAGAGAAAAGAACGAAAUUCGGAUGCAGGAAUUCAAAGAGAAGUAGAGAAGGAUUAAAUUGGAGCAUGAGCAAAAGAAGAGGGGUCGAAUUAGAAAUUUAGAGAUAUUUAAGGGUUGAUUAGGUUUUUGAUUUUUUAAAAAUUAUAUUUAGAAAAGAAAAUCUAAUAUUUUAUUUCAUGUAAAUAGUGGGUAGGUGGUUUAGCCUAAUUUUAGUAUAGGGUGUAUGGUGGACUUAGAAAAAUACACUUCGAAUACUUGAAAAUUCAAUGUGGGCUUGGUAGAUUAGCAUACCUAGCUCUCCAAGUGGUUUAGUUUUCCUAAUCAUCUCCCAGUUGUAGGUAGAGUGGUUGCUUCUCAACUUAGCCUUCCCACAAGAAUAUCUGGAUUUAUUUCAAUCUAUGUUUUGAAUGCGGUAAUUACAAAUUUUGGAUUGGAUUCCUUUGAAUUUUAAA